GCGGAGCGGCUCCUCCGGAGGCGGGGGGCGGUGCUGGCGGCGGCGAUGGCGACGCUCAUGGCGGUGCUAGCGCGGUCCUUUCGCCGCGGUCCUGCCGGCCAGGGGCUGCGGCUCCGGCGGGAGGCGACGGGCGGCCCGUGGGGCCGGGGCCGGACGCGGAGCGAGGUGCUUAGAAAAAGCUUUCAAAAGGGGCUUGUGCUGUCAACAGGGUCCUUUUUGGUUUAUGAAGCUCAUAAGCUGAAUUUUGGCUUUGCUGAGGUUCAUGCAAGCUUCAAAGUGGAAGAAGUGAUAGAACAAGCAGACUACCUGUAUGGGAGUGGAGAAACUGAAAAGCUGUAUCGGUUGCUGGUUCAGCAUAAAAAUAGUGAUGAUGCGGAGCUGUUGUGGCGGCUGGCACGGGCAUCGCGAGAUCUAGCUCAGCUUAGUAGUACUUCUGCAGAGGAGAAGAAACAACUGACGUAUGAUUCCCUUCAGUAUGCAAAAAAGGCACUCGAAAAAAAUGAAUCAAAUUCUGCAGCGCACAAGUGGUUUGGAAUUUGCCUCAGUGAUGUUGGAGAUUAUGAAGGAAUCAAGACUAAAAUUGGAAAUGCUAUUGUUAUCAAGGAGCAUUUCCAGAGAGCCAUUGAACUAAAUCCAAAAGAUGCUACAACAAUUCAUCUUAUAGGGAUUUGGUGUUACUCCUUUGCUGAAAUGCCAUGGUACCAAAGAAAAAUUGCUGCAACGCUGUUUGCCACACCACCAACUUCCACGUUUCAAGAGGCUCUACGGUACUUUCACAUGGCAGAGGAAGCCGAUCCAAAUUUCUACAGUAAAAAUUUGCUAUUUUUGGGGAAGACAUACUUGAAGUUAAACAAUAAAAAGAUGGCUCUUCUCUGGUUAAGCAAAGCAAAGGAGUAUCCUGCACAGACAGAAGAGGACAAACAGGUACAGAAAGAAGCUUUGGAGCUACUUAAUUCUAUAUAAGAAGAAAAAAGAUAUUGGGAAUUCAGUGCCUCGGGUUUGAGCAGCAUAGGAAAAAGGCCCCAAAUACUACUUUGGUUUAUUGAACCUAUUAAUAAAAGUAUAGCCCAGA